CUCUUUUCGUAUGGAGACACUCGAGCAGGGAAAGAGCGUUCUGCGCGGCACUGCGCGCCUUUGCGUACAACUCUGCGGUCUCUUUACACUUGCUUUUUUAUGGAUACCUUGUCUGCCAUCUCUCUUCUCUUCCUCUCCAGAAACUUUUUUUUUCACUGGAAAAACUGCCUCUCCAGAUCCUCUGUCUGUCUGGGGAGGAAUCCAGUGUCCAGACACUCAACGGGUGGACUCUCUGUGUCCGCGUUUGCAUCUUCUCUUCGGUCUCCUCCGCUCGCGCCUUCCAAAUCCUCUUUUUUCGACUGCAUCUUUUUCUCUUCCUUUUCUUGUCGACUGGCGGGACGCAUUUUCCGCGGACGAAAUGAGGCCUUUGUUUCUCCUCCGUGCCCCUCGUGGCUCUAGUCCUGCGGCGGCAGAGACACCGCAGCAGUCCUGUCUCGGCUUCUCUCGCUUCGAUGACAAAAAAAGUCAGAAAUGUUCCAACUUUCUCUCGCCGGAAAGGUCACCUUUUUCUUUUGUUCGUUUCAGAUACAUGCGAAACAGGAAUAACCGCAAAACACACUCUUCCACUACAGAUCCCUGCUGCCAGCCUUCUCUCCCCUACUCCUCUUCUUCUUUUUCCACUUCUUCUUUUUCCACUUUAUCCUCUUCUUCUUCUUUUUCCACUGUAUCCUCUUCUUCUUUCUCUUCCUUUUCGGACUCUUUCCGUCGCGGGUCUUCUUCGCGUUUUUCGAUGCCGACUCUUGCGCGUUUCUUCCCUUUUUCUCGCUCUCCCAAUGCCCGGUUCUCUCGCUCUGCGUUCUCCUCCAACGCCUUUGCGGCCUGGCGAGAGCCUCCCGUUCUGCAGCUUCGCGGAGUUCAAGCGCCUCGCACUCUUCUUCCAGAAGUCGCAGAUGGGGAAGGAGUCCCGAGGCUCUUCGAUGAGCAAGCCUGUGCGCCUCCUGCAAUCGCCACAGAGUCUCUCUCUUCCCAGCCACUUUCCCCUUCUUCCUCUUUGUUGUCUCCGCCUCCAUCUUCUCGUCUCCCCCCGUCUCUUCCUUCUUCUGCUUUCGCUUCUUCUCGCUUCUCCCCGGGAGAAGAUGAAGAACUGUACACGGAGACAGAGAUAGGAGCGGGAGCGUUCGUGUCAGAAAGGCCCUCCAAACUGGAAGGCGUCAUUCGCUACAGAAGCGAAGAUUUUGUUGUGAGAGAGGUAGGCGAAGACGGGAAAGUGUGUCCUCUCGACCUCGGGUGUAAUGACACCUCAGGCCUCGAGCGCCUCGACGCCCGACGCGAGGCUCUCCUCCGGUCUCUUCACGCUCACCGUCAACAUGCGUUUCGUCCUCAUCCUUCUGCGCCAGUACAUGCGUCUUCCUCUCGAUCUUCUCACUGCUCUUCUUCGUCUUGGUCUCCUCCUGAAUCCUCUUCCUCUUCUCCUUCUUCUUUGUCUCCUGGCUUUUCUGUGGAGACAGGAGAGACAGAGGACAACGCGACAUUCGUUUCCGACGUUGGAGAGCCUGUGCGGAGUCGCGAAGCCGUUGAGAGGGAGGUGGCUGCGCUCUCCUCUGUCCGAUUCAUUCUGACUAAACACAACCGCGAAACGCCAGAAGCACUGGAGGUUCUUGCCCGCGUGACAGGAGUCGACAUCAAACGCUUUUCCUUCGCAGGUAUGAAGGACAGACGCGCCGUCACUUCACAGUGGAUUGCCUGCUCCAAUCCUCUUCCUCUUCCUCCUCUUGCGUCGCGACCUCCUUCCCUUUCCUCUCCUCUUUCUGCUUCUUCCUCCUCUUCUCCCUCUUCUUCUCUGUCUCCUUCUACGUGGAGAGACAGAGCAGGCGAGAUGCUGGAAAGGCAAGACAAACUGCGACGUGAGAGGGCGUCAGAGGCUCUCGCUCUUCCUUCAUUCCUAUCGGACACAACAGACGCGUCUCUCUCUGCGUCGGCUUCUCUCCAGCGUCCCCGCGUCUCUGCACCUUCUUUGUCUGUCUUGCCUCCGUCUCCUAUUUGUGGGGACAAGCCGGUCUUCGAGCCUCCCUCCUCUCCUCCGUCAACUUCUUCGUCGGCUUCCUCUUCUUCUCCUCCUCUGUCGCCGCUGAAAACGCCUUCCAGUGGGCGAGUCGAAGAGACUCAAGACUCGCGGGGACAGCCUGGCGACUCAGCUCUCUGUAGUACAUGUGCGCCGAUUCAGGAGAGCGAAAAUCCGGAACCGAUCUUCACCGCCGAGCUCGCCAAGAAGGCCAUGCAACAUCCUUCCUGGGACGCCUGCGUCUCUUGGAGUCACUUCGAGCCCGGCGAAGUCCACCUUGGAUGCUUGGGAGGAAACCGAUUCUCCAUUCUUUUGAGAAAUGUUCGAAUUAAAACUGAAAACUCGGGACCUUCUCCUCCUUCCUCUUCUUCGUCCCUUUCUCAUGAUUCAUUGGUGUCGUCGUCUGCGGUUUCUUCAUCGUUCUCCUCCCUCCCAGCUGGAUCGACAUCUGGAUUUUCGAGGAGUUCUAAGGCUCUGAGAAGUUCCUCUGAGGAGGAAAAUCCUCUAUUUGAAGAGGAGCGACUCGCGGCGCUGACGACGGAGGCUGCGGAGGCAAUCCAGAAGUUCGGAUUCAUCAAUUACUUCGGGCCACAGCGUUUCGGCACCGGGGCGCGUCCCACUCACCACAUCGGCCGAGCGUUGCUGCAUCGCCAGUUCGCCCGCGUCUGCAAUUUGAUUUUGAAAAUUCCCGAGGCUCUUCCGGCCAAGUUCCGAGGCCGCUCAGGCCCCAGCGCGUUGCCGCAUCCUGGGAACGCAGACGAAAAACCAUCGCUCUCACCUCCCCCUCUUCGUCCUUCUGCAUCGUCCAAACCUUCUUCGCUCCUUCCUCACUCAGAUCAACCGUCUUCGUCUUCUUCGUCUUCUUCCUUCCAAGGAGCAGCAUUUGUGUCGGCUCAAGAGGCAUUUUGGGCUGGGGACUUUCGUCGAGCUCUCGCGUUGCUCCCUCGCCAGUGCCGGCAGGAGAGACAGAUUCUUCGCGUUCUCGCGGCUGCGCCUGCACCCGAGUGGAGACGCCGCUCGCAUGCAGCGCUUUCCGGAGACGCAAACGCAGCAGACAACGCCUCGACGAAAGCGCCGUUCCCGCAGGACUGGCAGCGGCUUCCUGAGCGGGCCAAGUCGCAGGCGACGCCGCCUCGGAACUCUGCGGGGCGCGAGCGCCCCAGUAGCGCCUUCAGAGAAGGACGGUUCGAAGCCGAGUCGGUCUCCUCUUCGCUCCCUGGUGCGGGAGAAAAAGACGCGCCGAGAAGAGGCAAGAACAGAGCGCCGCGCAGGGACGAUCUCCAGGAGGUCUGUGGCACCGAGUUCGCGGUUUGCGCCGAACGUGGAUCGUCGAACUCGCGGAGCCUUGCGCCAGGAAGCGAGGACCGCGCGACGCGAGCGAAGUUGGAAGAGUUCGAGUGUCUCGAAGCCGUCGAGCUCGCAGCAGCGUCGGGGGCAAUCUCGGAGGGUCUCGCGCGCAGAGUUGCAGCUUCUGCGUCUUUCUCUGGAUCCGCGGACGGAGGGACUCGUCCACGAACGUCGCAGACACCGUUCCGCGCGCUUGCUCCUCCUCAGGCUUCGGCGUCGCCUUUCUCGGGAGAGAGAGAAAUGCGCGGUGCCGGUCUGGCGAGACGGGAGGAGGUUCUGAAAGCUGUGCGAAGCAUCCCUCGUCUUCAGAGACUCAUCUACGUGAAGGCCUACGCCUCGUAUCUCUGGAACCUCUGUGCCACAGAGAGAGCAAGAGUCUACGGACUUUGUCGCCCCGUCGUCGGGGACUUGGUCCUCGAGAAAGCUGGAAACGAGACAAUGCAAAGCACCGCCGCUUCGUGCUCGUCGUCCUCUCUGCUGUUCCCCUUCGAGAGAACGGGGGAAGCGAGGCCAGACUCGCAGCGAGUUCGGUCAGACUCGCAGCGAGUUCGGUUAGACUCGCAGAGAGUUCGGCCAGACUCGCAGAGAGUUCGACUUCUCAGGACCGAAGAAGAGUGUCAAUCUUUUUCGAUUGCAGACGUCGUGCUGCCGCUGAUUGGCGCUGGGAUGGUGUUUCCAGAAAACAAAGUGGGCGAGUUUUUACGAAACCUCAUGAACGAGGAAUUCCUCUGCGAGCGUCUCUAUCGCCGAGAAGAGGAACUCUUUCUCGAUGCUUCCUACCGUCCCCUCCUCGCCUUCCCCCAAGAUUUCUCAUGCACUCUUGAGUUUUCGUCCACUCCAGCUGCAUCUGCUGCUCCUCCAUAUGCGCCACCCUCUUCUCCUUCCUCUUCUUCUGGAGGGGAGUCUGACUCUGCUCCCGUGAGCGGCUUCAAUUUGCGUCUCGACUUCACUCUUCCGCCGGGCGUCUUUGCUUCCGCGCUGCUUCGCGAGUUCAUGCAGUCGCCUUUUGAGCAUCCUUUCAAACAACGCAGACGCGAACUUCGAGAAUUGCCGCGCUCUUCUCUCCUAUCCUCUCGUUCCUCUCCUGCUCCCCCGUCGUAGCUGUUUUCUUCUCGUCUCCCAUCCUCUUAUCUCCUACCAUCUUCGUCUCUUCCAUUCGCUUCUCCUCCUCUCCCGUCCUUCCCCCCCCUUCUUCUUCCUCUGCACGCACCUUCCAACCUUCAUCACUUCCUGUCCGCCUCGUUGUGUCUCGCGUCCGUGGUUUGCAGCUUCGCGCUUUUGAAGUUUUUUUUUUCUCGUGGAAAAGCAGGGGUGCGUCGUUUCCUCGGAAAUCCCUGGGAGUGCGACGACUUCACAUGCGUUUUCUCUUUUUUUCUGCUGCCUUGAUGCGUGCACCGCCAGUUUCGCUGUGGUGAGG